GAAAUGAAUCCGCAAAGACUGCUGUUCAGCGGUUCAAAUUCGUGUGAGCGUACAUGACAUAGUUGAAGGAGGUCAGCUCGUGCAAUGUCUAAAGCAUGAGUUCUUCAAAGAAAGAUGACUUGAAAAACGAACCGUUAGAUAAACUGCCUGAACCAGAACCUACACCAGAGACAAAGGAGGAAACAAAGGACUCGUCUUCAUUUAUGCGCAAGUUUGACAUAAAAUUUAGAGAUGACUGUGUGUCUUGCAAGUAUAUCAGUGCCGCUGUUUGCUACGGCUGUGGAGUAAUUGUGUUGCAAACUGUCAAAAGUAUCCCAGCUUCAAACCUACCAGCAAAGGUGAUGACUGGAAUUUUUGGUGCAGGUAUGUUGAACAAGCCAGGUGAUAAUAAAAUUCCAAGUUGUAAAUACUGUUUGUGUUUGAAAUAAAGCACAUGUAUAAAAAAAAAAAAAUUAUAAUAACAUUUUGAAAUAAAAACAGAUGCACUAUAUUGAAAAAAAUUACAACUUACCUGUUGGCCCUAGAAUAAAGUAGACUGUUCUGUAUAGCAAAAAUGCUUACACUCUCCAUUUUUUUUUACAUAUUCCUCCGGUUAAAAUUGUUUAAUGCAGGCAACAGAGUGUCAUUAUUAUCUGAGAGUUUGUUCAGGAGUGACUAUUAAAGGAGGCUCUCAGAUAAAUUUGACAAUGAUUUCCAGUCCGUACUGCGCAGGCUCAGCACCCUAAUGUUUAUAAACAUUAUAAGGCUCACUCGAUGGAAUGCAAAUUGAUGUUAUUCAUUACGAACCAUACAUGUAUACCUUAUCUUUGAGGCCUUUCAAAUUCUUUUUCCAACAGCUUCAUUGAUAUUUACAGCUGCAAAGUUGUUUCAUCAAGUGAUAUGAGAAAGAAUGAAGCAUAAAGCUUUGACUGCUUCGCAUCGAUAAUGGGGGUUGGUUUGAAACUUUGAAAUUACUUCAUGUAAGUAGUUGCAAAAUGUUU